AGGGGGUGCUAAAUGAAAGCAGGAGAUCGGGACGGAGCAGGGACAGCUUGUUGUCAGUAUCAUAAACAACCAAAAUGGAGGGAGAACUCAGGCAUAUAACCAAAUAAAAAUUGUUAAAAAAUCGCAAAAAAUCCCUAAAAAUCCGGAAUGCUCCCCCCUUUCUCGCUAAAGGUAAAAGUGUGAACCGCCUUUCCCCUGAAGUCCAUUUGGACUUUACAGGGACCAAGGAGUUAAUAUUUAUUUAUUUUUUAAAACUUUCGAAGGGCAAAAGCCUUUUAUAACUCCACCGACAAUGAGAAAACGUGAAAAUCCAAUGCAAGAAAAGCAUGGGGAGGGAGGGGGAGGUGGUAGUGCAGAAACUACUAAACUUAUUGGUAAUGUGGACUGAUCUGAGAUAAGAUAAACACUAUAUUUGCUAUUUUAUAACUCCCUUUUAAUGAUCUUUGAGGGGUUUGCUUUUUGGGGUAGGAAAAAAGUGAUGCCAUUUUCUUAAUAGAGUUAGUAUGUGUGAUUGGAAGAAUAAACCUUUCCGGCUUUAGAUUGCAUUUUCGUCGCAUUUAUGCCUAGGGUUUUGUUAGUGGCUCCCUCCUUUCUUUAAACUGAGCUCUCCAGAGGAGGGGUAGAAAGGUGCUGUUACCCAGAGAGACUGGAGGGCAAGACUGGCGAACCUUCUGGGGAGGGGUGGGAGUUGUUUGCUUUCUCCCUUCCUGACACGUUUGCUUCACCUGUUCGCCCUCACUAAGGAAUGUUGGACUGAAGUUUUCUGGUUUUAUGUAUAUAAAAGGAUGGUGCCUCUUGCAUCACGUUGAUGUUAGUGGGAAAGUGCUGCUGAUGUUGGUUCCACGUGGGAUCUGGGACAGAGCAGGGCAUUUUAAAGGGACAGCUUCUCUUUUCUUAGGGUUUUCAUCACCUACGCAGACUUACUGUCUGAGGACCAAAGGCAGAGGUGCUGGAAGUGUGGUGAUGGAAGAGCCUUCUCUUUCCAUUACUCAAGUGCACCCACGUUUAGGAGUGAUGGAGGGAGAGGAGGGAUAAACAAGCCCAGCAGAAGAUGGAUAUGUGUGUGGCUUAGUUUUCAUCCACGCUGUUCUUUUAUGUAACAGCCCUCCCAGAAACUUUUCAUGUUACAUUGCUUUGCCCUGGAAGCUGAUUUUGGAAGGAAUUGUGGAAAAAUGGAAAAAGUUGAAGGUGUGUGGUGUAAUGGUAUAGCAUUAUUGAACACUUAUGAAUUCUGUGCAGUGAGAUCAAAGAGCCAUGUAUGCCCAUAAUGGGGGUUUACAGCCAUUUUGUAAAAUACCUAAUACUCAGUCUGGCUUCAGGUACACUGAGGACUUGUGGAUGAAAAUUACAGGCAGAGUAGUGAAGAUUCCUUAACAUUGUAAGCAGUAGACAUUUCUGGGGAGGCGGGAGUGGCUCUCAUGAACACCAUGGAAAAGUUUACAUAUACAUUCAAUUUUAAAGGCGAUCUUAUGCAUGUGUUAUAACUUUGCACUUUGAAAAUGAAAAUGCUUGGAUAUCCCGAAACCUAUGGAUUUGCAUCUUUCCAGCCGAAGUGAUUUGUGUCUAACAGGAAAUGUUUACUAAUCCUUAGCUCCUAUCUGCUCUUAUGUCUUAGAUGUCCACAGUAUUUUCAGAAGGUAAAAUGUAUACAUUUUAUAGUAUGUAAGAUCACAACUAAUCUGGAAUGGAAACUACUUACAUUCAGUUUCCACAGGCAUAUGGAGUUAGGGAAAUAAAUCUCUAUUUUGCUUUGUUUUUACAACUUAUAGAAAUGGACCAAAGUUAAGAACUGAGUUUUUAGACUUUGUAGGCAUUGUUCUCUUUUGCCAUACUGCAUAAAAAUUAUUUUGUGAAAAUGCAUCGUGUGUUAGUUCCUGUUUCUAACUGAACUUUUCUCAGCACCUUGCUGUAAAUACCUCCAUGAAAACACUAUCAGUGACCUGUGAGCACAUCAUCUUGUGGUUUCCCACUUUGGAAACAACUACAGCUUUCUAAGAAGUCACUAAAGAAAACAGUGUCACAAAUCACUGUUAAACCAUGAUGCCUUGGAAAGAGAUUAAAAGUAUCAAUGAAGAAGAUAGCCCCCCCCCCACACACACACCAUAAUCUUGUAUCCAUCAUUACUUACCAAACCCUCUGAAGUUUAUUUUGCAUGUUCAUUAUGUUGCUGGCUCAAAAGAGUUACUUUGACUAUAAGUAGUCAGGCUGAUGCUUUGUGUUUAAAAUGGAGGAGGCUUUUAGAAACUGAGCAAUUGCCACUUCCACAAACAAAAUACUAUUACCAAUAAAUUCAGUGUCAGUAAAAGUCAAGGCAAGUUUUGCUUUUGGUUCUCUUAGCUCAUUGAGCUAUUUAAGGUGUUUGGGCACUUAAAAAUGGGAUCCCAUUCUUUACUGGCAACCUCCACAGAAAUUCGCCUAUUAAGAUAUGGUUAUUCAUUCUCAUAUACAGUGAUAUACACAUUGUUUGGGGUUUGUAAAACCAGCUCCUUUUUGAAAUUAAAAAAAUAUAAUGCCCACAUCUUCCUUAGAUAGGGAGUGCCACAUAAUAGCUGGUUGAAUUGAUUGUAUUAAGGUGUUUUGAUGCAUAAGGAACCCUGCCUGUUGAACUUUCUUUGCUGGGAGUCCUAUUAAAUUAUACCAAUUUGCAGAAAUAAUCUAAAGAUAUCUCAUUCUCUACAUUCUUACUUCACUUAAAGAGAAACCCCACAGAUUAAAAUGCUUAUCUGAGUCUUAGAUACCCAGUGUCUACUACUCACAAUUCUGAAAAGAAUAUUUCUGCUGUAGUAGAUGAUUUAGUGAGUGUGGGCUAAUAGUGAUAAAACCCCAUAUCUGUGUAUUUAUUUAUGACAAUCAAAAUAGUUCAAUAAGCAGACAUUUUGUAGUAAAGUAGUUGACUUUGCCUUUAUCAGUAUAAUUUGAAAUUUUAAGAAUGCUUUUUUUAGUAUCAAUCAAAAAUGGGAAUUUUCCUUCAUUAUUAUAAUAAUCCAAGUUGUUAUUAUGUACAUUUUUCAUAUGAUAUUCUAGAAAUUUACCUAGGGAUUUAAACUAUUGUUUUCUAAAUUAAAUGUCAUGUUCUUAUCGUAACUGGAAUUUUAAAAGACAGACAACUGAAACCUAUGCCAUGCCUGCCUUUGAAGUUUACUUCAGUAAUCAUUUUACUCAAGUUGUUUAAUCCAAAUGUUCAUCCUUUUAUGAGUAGUUUAAUAUUAUUUAUUUGUAAUUUUGUUCUUUGAGAAUUUGACAUGUAAAAAAUUAACCUGUUACUCAUGAGAUGAGAGUUUCAGAAAGAGAAAAGUGUCUAUCAAGCAAAAGCUAAGAAGUGGAUCUGUUCAGGGUGAAAAGGGAAAACUGUCCCUUAAGCCAUCAUUUAAAGUGUUUUAAGAACCUGAUAAACAUUUUUUUUUCUGAAACAGACUAUGUUGAAAACUUGUCAGUCAUGGCUUGAAAACAAAGGUGAACCAUUAUUUCUUUAGUAAUUUUAAUAGGAAUUAAUGUAGGCAGCAUAUUUAAGCAGUUAGUAAGUGUUUAGGUACCCAUAGAACAGUAUUUAUAAAUAAGUUCAUAUCGAGGGCAGGGUACCUCGGAUUGAUGGACUAUAGGGUUCACUGUGGUUUCAGAGCUCAGGAAGAAAUGCUCUUUUCCACUCGGACAAAAGGACACAGUAGAAGUAAUACAUUGUUGCGUUUCUGUAACCAUUUCACUGGUAAUUUGUGAAUCUCUCUAAUCUGAAAUUCAUGGUGUUACUGCUUUUCCUUUACAUGGAGACAACUUUUAUAUUACAUGUGUAAAUUUAAUUUCAGGUUUCAUUUGAGAAAGUAAAUGAGUAUUUCUAGAUUAUAAAUUUUUAUGAAAAAUUGGUAUGUAAUUAUUAAAAUUUGAUAUUAUAAGAAAUAUAUCUGUAUAAAAGCUUACUAAAAAUUAUUCCAGAGGCAGAGUUAGAUUUUUACUUUUAAAUUCACUGGCCUAUCUCCCUGAAGUUUGCAUUCUACCUUGUGUGCUCUCCUGUCUGUGUCUACCCCUUACGGGGAGAGUUGACCAGGAUAUGAUGAUGUUCACAUAUCAAAGACAUUCAAAUGUUUGUGAGUUCUGAUUUUGUGUAUAUAUAUAUAAUAUAUUGUAUAUUUGUGUAUAUAGGUGUUUGUUAUUCUGAAGGAUUGUACUUUUUUUAAAAAUGCAUGUCAAGUAUAAAAAAAAGAUACAAAACAAAUAAUAUCUCAUUUUUAAAAAGUGAAGUAGUAUGAUAUUACACUAAAAUUGUUAGUAUUUAAAAGCCCCUGAAUAUCUUGUAAACAAAGUUACUACAGGAUCUUGGUAUUAAAACUAACCACAGUGUGUUGGGAAUUUGAGAUGACUACCUCUGAAAGUGUACGUGUGAGUGAACGUGUGCACUUACAUUCUAGGUUCUUAGGGAAAGCAGUCUGCUAAAAGUAUUCCUUUGACUUGAUUUUUAAGUGGAACCUUUUCCUAAUUUAAAAUCAUAGAAAAUCUAGAAAUGUGAAGACACUAAAGAACAAAACUAUGGUUUUGAUGCCUUUUAAAUAUGAAUACUGUUGAACAAUGGAAAUGUACAACAUCAGUGUAAACUAAAAUGUUCAAAAAUAGUGAUGAGAAACUGGAAAACUAAGAAUUUCAGAAUAAAAUAGUAUUUAUGGAAAAUUUAAAAUUCAACUUAUAUGAAUAAAGAAUAACCAACUACAAAUCAAAAACCACAGGUUUACAAAAGAAAGAAGAAAGAAAAGAAAGAAUCAGAGUGGAACUUUGGGGAAUUUUAUCAGAGAAUAUUUUUAGUGCAAGUUGCUGGAUCUGUAAUCACCUUUUAAAACAAGAUUUCCAAAGCCUUUGCUCUUCUCCUGUAGAUGUGGAUUAAACUAAAUCCUAAUAAUGAUUUCUAGUGAUGAUCUAAAAUUCAUUUUUAACAAAAGGAAAAGGAGAAAGUCAAUUUCUGCUGUUUUUAAAGAGUUUUUAAAUAUGUAGCUAUGUGAAAUGGUCUAAAAGCCUUAGGAAUCAUUGAAAAUUACUUUCCUUGUUAUUUAUCAGAAUGCUUAAAACUUUUUUUAGGUUAGUAAAAUAAGUUUUAAAGCUUCCGUCUAAGAGUAGUUUUGUUCUGUGGACUUUUAAGGGCAAUUUGAAUAAUUUCUUACAGUCCUAAUAGCACUUUAAAAACUUUGACAAGAUAAAGAUAAGAGUAUUUCACCCAUAAGAUUGUUAAUUUCCAGAAUACUUUAAGGUGUAAGCUGCUGAUUAAAGGCAUUUCUCUUUCUCAUUCACUAGUUAGCUGUUGGUUUUCUAAAGGAAAAUUGAAGCCUAUUGUGGUAUCUGAAGUAGAAUUUACCUCUAGCUCUGGAAACUGCUCAGAGACUGUACGAGCUCUUUGCAGUGGUGGGUGAGAGAGCAUUGCAGAGUCUUGAAAUCUAUCUUUGAACAUUUUAAACUUUCAGUUGUUAAUACUUAAAUUAUUGUCCCAUGCUAAUGUUGGUAUAUUUCCUGUAAGCUGUUUACAAUUUCCUAUGUUAUAGUUUCUGAGUAUGAAAAUAUUAAUUCUCAGAGUAAACGCUACAAUUAAAAAGCUGCCAUCUGACUUUUAAAAAACAUUUAAUAUCAGUGGACAUUAGAAUCCUUAAGAUACUUUUUUUUUUGAAAACUAAAAAUCAGUUUUUAAAUGAGGACUAUAAAUCUUUUGUGUAAAAGGCAGAAUCAGAAAGUGUUCCAGUCAGUUCUGUUUCUCUGAAGACACAUCAGUCAAUUGUUCUUGAGAAGGAAAAUGUUAAGAAACCAAAGCUGGAAGCUUAAGGUUGUUUAACUUUGCAGGUUCAAAACAUUACCAGUUGAUUUUACUCUGCUAAGUUUUCUCAGUAAAUCAAUUUUCUUUCCUUGUAUUGUCUUAAUACUAUAAUUACAGAGCCCAAAUUAAUUCUCUUCAUGCCCAAGUUAUAAUAAAAACUUUCUAGUGUCUUGUCUUAAGGCAGUGAGGUAGAACAGCAUUUGUAUAAGAUUAUGUUUUCUUUCUUAGGCUACCUUUUGCAUUUUCUAGGUAUUAUUUCUGGGAGUGAUCCACUCUGAAGAAGAGAAAUUAGCUCUAUUACUCUGACAUGAAAUUUGUCAUCACAUUUGUAAACUCAUGGGAAAAAGUGUUACUUUACAUAUUUGGGUAAGACAUAUCAUAUCUUCUAAAUCAGGACUGGUGGUGUCCAGUGUACCCGAUUGCAAGCUCAGCUUCAAAUAUAAAUUUGCUCUCCUAGUGCCUUUAAAAUUGCUUAAGUAAAUGUUAGAAAAUGUUCUUCCCGUGUUUUGGUAAUUUGUUAUUGUCUGGGAUAAUUUAAUUGAGUAAAUUUCUAUUUCGGUUGUGUUUCUCUUCUAUUAUUAGUAUUUUAUUUGAAAAUUGUUGGUAAAUGCAUGUGAUUUCAGCAUUUAGGUAGAAUCAGAUGUACAAUAAAAUAGGUUAUCCCAAGAGUGGUGCAAACAGCCCUGCUGGUUCUUACUUGGAAGCAUGUAGAGGCUUUCAACGAAUGAAGGUCCCGGUGAGUACAGUGUACAUCUGUCUGUAGGACUCACUGACAGUGUGUGCCCUGCUCUCUCUUAAAGCCUGUGCACCCUCAGAACUGAUGCUGUGCAGAUAGCUGACUUCAUUCUACUCUGUGGAGAGUGCACGGUCAGCCUUCCCCAGUUCUAACGAAAAAUAUAAGGUAUUCCUCAAAAUAAUUUGCCAUGCAUCCCAGCACUGUAUGUGAAGAUGUGUUGCUGUAAUUGUUUACCCAAAUUGAGAAGAAAACAAACCAUCAAAUAAUAAACUUAAUUGGGCGGAAAGGAGAUUUAAAUAUUUAUCUAAAUAAGUUGAUUUACUGUUGAAAUGACAGAAUUUUAAUCAAAAGAAUUGUUUUUUGUUUUUUAAUCUUUUUCAGUCCCAGAAGUUUGUAAAUAAAGUAAUUGUUAAAAAAUAAUAAUAAUAUAAAAUUAAAAAGUAUGGAGGUCUGCAAAAGGUCUUAAGCAUUUGUCCUUUGAUAGUAAACAUAUUUUAAAUGGCCGGAAUGACAUCAAAGAAUUUAAUAUCUUCAACUAUUUUGGUUAUUUUUUCUAAGAAAAGUGGUAACAGCCUAAUACCGAACUGCACAUCUGUUCUGUUUGGGAGCUUUAAUUCUUUUGUGUUUACUAGGACAGUGCUACUUCAGUGUUUUUAAAAGUACUAGUAUCAGUGUUUUCUUCAAAAGUCCUCUCUGUGGAUAUUAAAUUUUAAUUCACUUUUAUUAAAGCUUUUUGCACUACUUUUAUUUCGUAAGCAUGACCUGUUCUCACAGAAUACUGUCCUGAAAAGAAACUGAAGCACUUUUAACCGCAGCUCAGAUUAUCUCAACAUAGGCACUGCAGGUAUAGGUAUUCUGCUGAACGUUGGCCCAGCGUCAUACUUGAAUGAAAUUAUACUCAGUUCACCCAUUAUUGGCCACUGCAUGAAUAGGAGGAGAGAGCAGCUGAGAAGAGAAGAAUGAGUCCCGUUUCCGAGGCUGACUCAUGAUAGCCUUUCUGCAGACCAUGAUUCCUCUGCCAGAAUUAAAAGGAACUUGUUAAUUAGAACCAAAAUGUCCGUGUGUCUACGAACGUUUUUUCCUAAUCAGGAUUCAGACACUGGUGUGCUUCCAUUGGCAUCCAAGUGUGCUUGCUGCUUGGCUCUGCUCUCUCUCAGUGCUGCCACCCUGUGUAUGGCAGUGCCGCUGCGACAGGCACUCAUUUGCUGCGUUAUCAAGUGGUAAGAUUUUGGAGCACUCGUGGAAAAGAAGCGUGCAGGCUGAGCUGAGCGCAGACCCUGUUGUGUAUGCUCUGCCUCUGUGUGUGGUGCUGUGCUCCAGCUAGGUUUUUAAAAGUUAGGCAGCUCAGAAGUACGGUCCUCAGCUGCCAAAAAACGGAAAUUUGGAAAAACUUUAAAGGUAAAUGCUGUUGUUUGUCUAUUCUGCCGUUUCACUAAAAUAAAGCAGAGUUAGACUAGUGCUUCAAAUGUGGCUUAAAACUGGUCGAGUAAGAACACAGAGGUUCAGAGUGUAUAAAGAUGAGAAUCGUCAUGAGAUUUUUAAUGUUAGCCAAGUUAUAAUUACAAGUCCUUCCUAGUAAAAGCAAAACUAAAACGGUAUCUCUCUCUCUCUCUCUCUCUCUCUCUCUCUCUCUCUCUCUCUCUCUCUCUCUCUCGCACACACACACACACACACACACACACGGGGGGGGGAGACACUGUUUCUGCUUAAAAGGAAAGGAAACUUAAUUUGAUUGGUUACAUUAUUCUCUGAAUCACUGAUCAGCACGGCUUGAAUUAUAUCACAUCAUAUUUAAGAACUGAUGCUGCACUCCAGUCGUAAAGCGCUUGGGCAGGAUCACAGGAUUAUCUACUUGCUUUUACCUGUCUUAUCUCAUUUUCAAAGCAGUCCAAGUUAGAAGGGGUAUGUACAACAAACACUCAGUAAGCCUCCUUAUAGACACACUAUAAAAGCUAAUUAUAAAUUAAUUUCUUAGUGUAAGCCUAAGUUAUGUCAAUACUGAGAUUAACAUACUUAUAAAGUUAUAAAUUUGUUGUAAAAAUUAAAAUUUUAGUCUUAAAGUUUGCAGAGUAACUCAAGUUAGAAAGUGUUAUAAGAAUACUUAUUAAGUUAUAUAGGAUUGGUAAAAAGAUGUAUCCGCUUUGUUACUUAAAGGAGGUUUUAAAAUAUUAUAAAUCUGAGCUUCGUUUUACAGUGUGGGUCUCAGACACAGUUGCUUUCAGACAGACUUACCGCCCAAGCCACCUGAUUUCUGAGUGGUCACGGUUUCUUUCAGAAGUUUUGAAUGGUUUUGCUCUAGUAAACAAUGUAAUUCUAUGUAGUAGCGGUAGAAAAUAUUGCUUUGGUUAGUUAAUUUUAGAUAUUGAGCUUCAGAGACCAAAAUGUAUCGAUGGGCUUAAAAGGAACCAUCGCCAUGUAUGUGCUGUCCCCCGAUUAAAAGACCAAGUUCAAGUGCUUCAGUUUGUAAUGUGCCUAUCUCUGAAGGUUGGAAAUUUCUUCUGUCUCCAUAAAUACCAUUUUUAUAUUUAAAAAAAAUAAUUGCCAUGAAAAAUUUGAUUAAAUUUUUAACCAGUACUGAACUGUUACCACUUUCAAAGAAACUUAAAAAAAAAAACAAAGCUAUUUGCUUCAUUUUGUUCCUCUUCAUAGUAACCUCAAGACUAGAUCAGCUGACCUUAUUUUAACCAAGCAAUGUAAACAGUUGUACAGAUUUAUCUAAAAUCACAAGAUCUUACAGUGUUCUAAAUGCAGACUGUAACUUUCUUGCCUUCACUCCACUGUCGAGCGCCACUGCUUAGAAUGAUAGUGUGUGACAGUGGUCCAUUCUAUAGUAAGACAGAGUUAGCUUUGUUUAUACCCUGCAUCUGAGGGCUUACACUUUAUUCUUGUGCUAAGUGUGAGACAAAAUAAGAAGGGUACCCAAGCCACUCUUUUCAGAUACCUAUAUUUACUGCAUUUUUUUUUUUUUUGGCUUGCUUUUAAAACUGGUAUUUGGAUGAUGGGUCGAAGUACCAAGAGAACCCAAAGGUAGUGCGUUUUUACAUGUCCAUCGAAUAAUACAGAUAUCAGACACUAUAGUGUUCUUGGGAGGGAGAAGAGAAACUUGAGAUGGGCCUUGGGAAAGGCACAAGUUAGAAAUAGGCAAGAAAAAAAAAAAAAAGAGGGGAUGACAUCUAGGUAAAAGAAAUGGUUUCAACAGGAGCAGGGGACAGAAAUGUGCUGCUUGUCUGGCGCCCCGAGACAGUCAUACUCAGAGGGUGUUUCUGAGGAGAUGUGCCAGCGUCAGAGUUUGCUCCGUGUGCCAUAGAAAGCUUUGAGCUGUACAAGCAGACGACUUCGGGUUAGGGAACUUAAGGUGCCUCUUAAUCCAGAAUAACUUGAGCGGGAAGAUACAAGACAUACUCCGACUUUGACAUAGGCUCCUCCACUCUGGUAUUCCCCAUUGGGUCCAUGCUCACCAGAAAGAUCUAGACAUUUAUUUUCAAUAAUGCCUGGCUCCCAGCACUCCUACAGCUUGUAGCUGAAACAUCAGUAAUGACCCCAGGACUCCUGCUUCUACCCACAGUCACUCACUUGGAACUGGAGUUGCACUGCCACUGUAGGGCGUAAUCGUAGUGGACAGGUGGAGGAAGAACAGGAGAGCCAGGCUCACAGAAGAGUAGCCCUGGAACAGAGGUUCACAGCUCCAUGGAGAUCUGUCCUGUGGCUAAGUAUCGGGAUGACAGUGGGCAGACACUUAGCAAGGGAGACUCCGUCACAUCUUCAGCAGCACCUUGUGGGUUUUUAAACUGGUUGGGAGAGAAACUCACUGAAUUUCAAGCUGAGCCUCUGGUAAUGCAGUGAUACAUAGUCCUAUGCUCAGUCCUCUCCCGGCAGUCUCCACCCUUGAUGUCUGCUGAUCCCUUUGCCUAAGACUUAGCAGGUGUCCUGCCUCCUUUCCAAAGCAGACUGCCUUCUGCUUGGCAUUUCUUCGCUUCUGGAUUUCUAUAGGAUCACCUAACACUUCUUCAGAGCCCUAGGGAGAGUAUAUAUAGCUGUCUAGCUAUCUAGCUGAGGUGGCUGUACCAUUUGCUAUGCAUGGCCUGUAGUGGGCUGUUGGAGACAACCUAUUAUGCCAGCCCAACUUAGGCUGCCCUUCCUGUGCUGGAACUUCCCACUCUUUCUCUCUCCCUACAUCCCAACCCUAGUAACUUUUUUCUCAACAGAGCCAACCUCGUGAGAAAAGUUUGUGUUUUGUGUGUGGUCUCUUCCUUUUCUCUCCCCAUUCUUGCCAUCCAGUCUACCAUGAAAGAAAACAGCACCUUGUGCGCCCCAGAAGUCAAAUCCAGGGACGUCUUUAUUAUCACCAUGGGUCUGGUCUGUGGUGCCAUCACUCUGCACAGUCUACCCUCUGGCUUUUCUGUCUCCUCCAUCACCUCCUUUGUUCUUCCCUUUGGUGGCAUAUGCUUCCACCUGUCCUAGCUGACUAGCAUGUUGGCAUUUCCUGGCACUUGCCAGGCUCCCUGACUACCUAUGCUCUGUGCAUGCUAUCCCUGAGCACCAGUUCCCUCCUGGGGUACUGUUCAUGUGCUGCUUCACUAUCUUUACUUCUUUUGUGGGCUUCCAUGCCUCUUCCUAUAUGCACAACUCCCUCCAUCUCGGCUUUCCUCCUGUGUUUUAUGCAUGUGCAUGUGCAGCUUUGAGUCAGGUUCUAAACUGUCGCCUGUCAGAUUGUAAACAGGGCUUCCUCAGACUGGUACAUGGUAGGAAAGCAAUAAGAGAGAAUCCAAGGAUGAAUAGUUCUGAGGGGCUGGAUGAACAAGGACUGUUGGAGACAGCAGCAAAGACAAAAGAACAUUUGUGCAGUAGCCUUAACAAUGAAGAUCGGCCUGGAAAAACUUGGUCAGAUAACUAGACAGGAGUCCUGCUCUAGUUAGGGGGAACUUUACAUACCUGACACAUAGGGAACAAGUUAGGAGACCAGCCUGAGAGCUACACAGCAUUCACAAAUGCCUCGGGGACUGUCCCAAAUGCCUUGUGGGACUGCUAACCUAAAGGUGACUGGAACUUCUGAGCCAUGUGGAGGUUGCCUUUGCAAGGUGACUAUGACUACUAUCCUCUUACUUGUGAUCUGCCCUGUGGCUAGAGGUCAGGGGCACCUUGUAGGCAUAACACCCUGAAAAGCACAACUCCUUGAGACAAGAGAGCCCUCUCUUCUGUAUGCCCCAGCUGGUCUUUGAGAUGUGGUGAUACUGCCUCGUAUACAGCCACCUUGUUAAUCUGCUAGGAGCUCAGUCCCAUCCUGUGUGUAUCUAGUCUUCCUACUGACAAUGGAGGGCAAGGGCCAUAGACCACCAGCUAUUUCUUUACUCCGAGAAUUGGGCCUAUAGAAAAUGUCUAGUACAACCUAUAGGAUCAACCGUGGUGAAGUGCCGAAUGAAUGUUGUACAGAACUUAGGAGCUACGUGAUAAAACGUCAUCUGCCUGGAAAGCAUCCUGGAGAAUAAUUAUUGUACCGUCCCUUUUGCCGCCCCCUGCAACUCUGCAUUUGGAGGGAGGCUGUGACUGCUCUAAUUGUGUAUUACAGUGUUACUUGAUUAUCCAUCUCCCUCAGAAAUCUCAAUAUCACAUACAAUUAACAGUCAAGAUCCUCACAGCAGAGUCAAAGUCUCACAAUUGGCUGUGUGCGUUUCUCAGUUCCUGGAAGCUGUGAGCAUCAUACAUUGUACGUAAAUGGUCUUUGACAUGAUCCAUUAUCUUGUGUGGCAGAACCACAAUGUAUGUAGCAGAUACUGAACAGAUCCACUGUACAACACUAAGGAGAAUGCUGCCUUUACAGAUCACUUAAACUCUUCACCGUGGGCCAGUCCGAGAUAGACAAAAGUUGACAGAGGAGCAGAAUUCACUCUUGUACCAUACCUAGUUUUGGCAACACCAGAGCAGUUAGGCUUGCUUCAACCAACCCCCAUCCGAAUACAGCCCUCUCUUGGAGACUGUUUAAUAUAAAAUUAUCUCAUAUUAUUUGUAUAUUCUUUUUGGUCUUGCCAAAAAGUACAGACUCUAAGGUGUGAUUUCAGCGCACCUAUUAUAUCCUGGAAAAACAAGUUCCUAAGUCUCACUAGAUACCUUGUGUUCAUGGCCAUCCCUUAAUCCUUUUAGCAACUGCAUUGGUUCAAAUCUAAGAAGGCCCAUGCCUCCAUCCUACCAUUAGCUGAUACGUGUCUUGUCAUUUUUGGCCCACACUUGCUCCUUCCCCAUUUUUACCCUUAAUAAUCAUUGACAUUGGGGUUGGAGAGAUAGCUCAGUGGUUAAGAGCACUGACUGCUCUUCCAGAGGUCCUGAGUUCGAAUCCCACCAACCAUAUGGUGGCUCACAACCAUCUGUAAUGGGAUCCGAUGCCCUGUUCUGGUGAGUCUGAAGACAGCGACAGUGUACUUAUAUAUAAUAAAUAAAUGAAUCUUUUUAAACAUAGUAAUAGUCAUUGACAUUAUGUUUCUGGUUUUGCCCUGAAGCAUUGCCAACACUUAGGGGUUUUGUACAUUGGUUUCUGUGGUGGGGUUUUUUUUUUUCUUGACAUAUUGUAAUGGUCCCCUCUAUGUUAGUAAAACUCAGAGUCUGCUUUGUGCUUCCCAGUAAUCUUUUAGGAGGGGAAAGUUUAAAAGAAUGAACUGAAAGAGGUAAUACUGAAUUAAGUGUCAUAAACAACAAACCAUGAAUAUGAAUAGAGAAUGAUACCUUAUUCCUAGUACAAUGUUGGGGGGAUCCCAUCAAAAAGGGCGUAGAAGAUAUGAAUGGAUUUUUCCUUUGUAUUUUUUAAAAGUCUAUAAUAGUUAUUAAAACUGAAUUGGGUUCUUCUGUUGUAAAAAUACACUUUAAAUAAACAAAAAUAAACCUCACAUUGGAUAGUUGGCUUCCUAUAUACUUCUCUGUGUUUCUUCUUUUGUUUAUAAAAAGCUGGAUCUUUGUGCAUAAGCAUCAGACUGUCUAGCUUUCUCCCAGUUGCCUAGGCAGGUUUAUAGUUUUUAAGUGGCCUUUGGCAAAUAUCAUUGUUUGCCUCUCAUUAUUUAUACUUAAUUCUUAGGUAUAAAUGAGUGGGCAGAAAGAUGAAUGCCUGUUUUUUUUCCUUGGCAUGUCAGUCACAUGGUCAUUUGGACAUCUAGGGAAUGUCCUCGGUAACCAUGAGAAUGUCUGUAUCUGAACGUCUAACAUGGUCCACAUUGUGUAUGCUUUUACUUUCUUACCUGUAUUUGUCCCUGCUUCUCUUUAACAGUCACCUGGUGUCAUCCUUACAUUUGCCAUUGAUCUAGGACUGCUAAUCGUCCCUGUACUCCAAAUCCCAUUGUCCAACCUACUGUUCUACCCAAAAGGCUGAUUCAGAAGGUUGCCUCUCAGUGCUGCCUUGGUGGUAUUGGGCACCCAGAAUGCUUCAGUCUGUAAUGAUCUAUUAAUAAGGUGGCCUAACUAGAGUUUGCAGCAGGGUCUCAGGUAGGUGGUUUUUAUCAUUAUAUGGCAUGAUUUUCAAAGUGAUCAGUUAUUCCAUAUCCAUACUUAUGUGCACUACAAUAGUAAAAACUUUGAAAAGCAUGCCACAUAAUAAGCAUGCCAGCUAGGCUCUUCGGGCUUGCCAGUGUGCACUGGUUUACAAGAUGUCGGUAAAAUCUAUGCUCUGUAAUCAGCCAAGAACAACCGUCUUCCUUCAGAAUAGAAAGCUUCAAUAAAGUUUGGGUUUUUUCCUCCUCUUGGAGACCACAGAUGAGCUCACAAGCUCUUGAUCUUCUGAAUAUCACUGAAUGGUAAACUACCCCAUGGAACCACUGUGUUCAUGUGCUGAGAGGAUCUUAACUGUGGUCAGAUCGAGGUCUGUACCCAGAGUACAGAGCCCAGUGUGACCAGAGCAACUUCCAACCUUUGCUGGAAAGAGGACACACAAAAGCACCUAGAGUUCCAAUGGUAGUUAUAACUCAGUGGCACAGAAUCAAGGUUUAGUGAUAUUUGGAAACCCAAGCACACGUGGAUUUGAGCCAGGUAAGUCUGUCAGUGCAACCUCCAGCACAAGGCUGGAAUUUAGAGACCAGGACUCCAUAUUCUAGGGUAAGGAGACUGGAAACAGCAAAAGUGGUUACUCAGCAGACUCAAACCCCUAACCUGGUCAUCUAUGGUGGUCAGCCCCAACCCUCAGGAAACUAGGCCUUGGGCUGAGAUCUAAACAGGACCUUAGAAACAUGAAGAAAGCUUAACAAUUAAAUUAAAGGAACACAAAUUAGUCUUAAUAAGUACAUUCUAUAAAGAGUAAAAUCAAGUUAGCAUAAAAUUUUAGCCACCUAUAUACAACAAAUAUUUUUCAUAAAAUUGCUAAUGAUUAUUUUAGUUCUAUGGAUUAUCUAUUUUUAAGAUUCAUUUCUUUGUUUGUUUGUUUAUAUGAGUACACUGUAGCUGUCUUCAGACACACCAGAAGAGGAUAUCAGGUCCCAUUGCAGAUGGUUGUGAGCCACCAUGUGGUUGCUGGAAAUUGAACUCAGGACCUCUGAAAAACUAGUCAGUGCUCUUAACCACUGAACCAUCUCUCCAGCCCAUGAGUUAUCUUUUAAAUGAAGUAUUUUUGUAUUAAUGAAGUAUUUUUAAAUUAUAGGGGCUUUUUAGGGUUUUCAAAAUUUCAUACAUGUACACAAUGUAUCAUAUCUACCUACACUCCUAUACAUGUACACAAUGUAUCAUGUCUACCUACAUUCCUAUACAUGUACACAAUGUAUCACGUCUAACCACACUCCUCUAACUCCUAUACAUGUACACAAUGUAUCACAUCUACCUACACUCCCCAAUUCCAGUUCGCCCCAGGACUGCCUCCCUAUGUUGUGGCCUCCUUUUAGAAUUAUUUGCCAUUUUAGGCCACUGAAUACAAUUAGUAUGAAGCUAUCUUUAGUAGCUGGAAAAAGGAAAAAUACUAACUUUUUUGAACUGUGCUCUGUUUCUACAAAUUUUACCUUUUUUCAUCUCCUUGAAUUGUAAUCAGUUAAUUUUUUACUCCAAUACUGUCAGUGUCAUCCUCAUAUCUUAAUCUUAUAUAAAACAUGUUCUCUGUAAGGGAUUUGGAAUUUUGCUUUGUAGAUUUUCCCCCCACAAUCUGAAUUCAUGUGCUUACGGGGUUACUAGGACAGAACACCUGGAAAGCCCACCAGUUAAUUUUCAAGCCUGUUUAGUUUGAGUAGCAUGUGUCUGAAUCCCUUGCCUUCACGAUGCCUAGUCAGGGCUGCUUCAUAGGAUGUGGAAGGAGCAUAGCCAUCAGGUGGCUAUAUUGGGCAUCAUCCCAGUUCCUACCCCUCUGUGAAAGCACAGUAACUAUUUAACUGUGCUGGGCUUUUUUCUAAUCUUGCUUUACAACCCAUUGGGAUUUCCAGAGCUCACAACAUAUUUCCCCUGAUUGCUUUGAUUCCUGAAACCCUACUACAGUUUUUCUCAAUAAGUAUUUAUCAGUGGAAAGCAGAUGUAGUGUCACACAUCUAUAAUCCCAGCACUCAGAAGGCAGAGGCAGGCAGAUGGAUCUCUGUGAGCUCAAGGCCAGCCUGGUCUACAACUUGAAUUCCAGGACAGCCAGGGAUAUUACACAGAGAACCCCUGGAUGGAUGGAUGGAUGGAUGGAUGGAUGGAUGGAUGGAUAGAUAGAUAGAUAGAUAGAUAGAUAGAUAGAUAGAUAGGCAGGCAGAUAGAUAGGCAGACAGACAGACAGACAGACAGACAGACAAAAUUUAUCAGAUUACUGCUACAUGGCAGGACAACAAUGAUUUGGGGUAAAGGAUUCAAUCACUGAAAGAUGGUUUUCAAAUGGAUUGGUUAGGGAAUACAACUGUCAUGUCCCUUGAUGAUGUUGCUCAGAACUAAUCUGUUUACCUCAGUGAUGUGGUAAUAAAAAGAAGUCUUGUUUCUAGGUGUGACUUCAUCCUUGACAGCCACAGUGUAGCACAGAGUGACAGGCUGUGGCAGUUGCAGAGCUGAGUUUUCCUGAGUCCUGGACUCUGUCCGUGCAUUUCAUGUUCCUUGAGCAUCACCAUGCUCCCUGGCAGUGUUCCUACCUCCUCACACCACACAGACUGCAUGUAUGGGUGCACACUGCUUUACGAUAGCUUAACACUGAUUUCCACACGAACAUGUUUAACUAAGAUGAUACUUAACCCUUUCUCACAUUCCAUCCGCUCUCUACCUUUUUCUGAACUUACCCACAGAUUCGAUGUGACUGCCUGAGAGUUCACAUAUGAAGCCUGGAUUUUGUUUCUGUGAUUUGAAUUGUGCAGUAAUUACUCAUUCUAGGAGGCAUACCCUAAAUGUUUAAGGGCUUCAGUAUGUUACAGUAGUUGGUGUCAGAAGCCCUUGUGGUACCCCAGCAACUCACUCAGCCUAUGGCAGUAACAGUGAGCUCAUUACAAGUUGAGAAUGUGUCUUGCGGGCUUCCUCCUUUCUGAUGUAGCUACAUGGUAAACAUGGAAAUGUUUUGUGCAUGUUUAGAAGCUCAGAACAUUCUGUAAAGAGAGUUACUUGUGUUGAUGAGACAUUCUCACUCUAUACUGUUACAGACACAGUUAUCCACUCCUGCUGCUUGCUGCUCUCACCUCCCCUCUCACAGCUCCUCUUUUGCUUCCUGUUUGCAAGGACUGAUUUCCCUACAUGGAGAGAGUGAUGCCUAGUAUACUCCGUGCGCCUUAGUUUUCAUGGAGUGUCUCUCGUACACAUACGGCAUAAAUGCUGUCUCCUGAGUUACAGCUCACUAAUCCUCUACCUCACUAGCCUUUUUACUCUGUAAUAUAAAUCACCAAAGGGAGGAUUUGAGUAGGAAAAUCUCAUUUGUUUGCUUUGUCCAUGUUCUUGGGUGGCCAGCAUUCUAUGCGGGCCGUCUAGAACAUGUGUGACCAGAAUGUGACCACCGAAGAGUGGGGAGAGUUUCUGAGAAUUUUGCAGUGCCAACUUUGAAAUCUCUUGACAUUUCCCUACCUGUCCUUCAAAAACAGAAAGGAUGAGCUAUUUCCUUCACAUUUCUUAAGGUUCUGAUCCACUUUAAGUAUAAGAUGCUUCUAGACAUAAUUAGGGCUAGUUUUGUGGUAAAGUUGAAAAAGAUUAUCCUAGAACUAUAUUCUUCAAAAACUAAUACAAAAAAUCAAAUGUAGAAAAAGGCAUCCUCAAGUUUACUGAUUAAGUAUGUCUAACGUAGGAAAGUAAAUACUGUGGUCUUGCUCUAGUCUCAGGACUGAGUUCUUGAGGACCCAUAAUUCAGGUGAGUUAAGUACACAUCCUGCUUUCCAGUGGGCUUUCUGCUCCUCUGUUCUCUGUUGAUCUCGCUAACUCCACCCAGGAGUCUCACCAUCUUUCCUGCUUCAGCCCACGCAGGUACCAGGCAUGUUUUCACUCUAAGAAUUUUUGUUAAGAGUGGAGAUGAAUUGAUGCCGUCUACUCAUGCCAAUUAAUUCUGUAAAAAUACCGUCAGUCAGAGCAUGCUAGCAAAGUGGCUAUUUUGCAUAGCUUUUAAGUUACUAUAAGUGCUAGUAUUUAUCUUACUCGAAUGUGUAUUGUCUUCUGUCUGCUACCGUGAUGAGUAAGCUUAUAGGUCAUUAUGUUAGUGGUAAGCACUUACUCUGUUUUAAUCUUUCUUGUUCAUUCAACAGUUACUUUACUGUCAUUUAUGGGAAACAGCAGUGACUAAAACUGGCCUGAGCCUGCCCUGAGCUGCCUACAGUUGACUGCUCAUUCUCUGAAGGUCUUUUUUUUUGUUUGCUUGAUUUUGGCAUUUGUUUUUAAUUUUUUGACAGUCUAAUAUAUGUAUUGAAUGCAUUUCGAACAUACCCCAUUACCCUUUCUUAGGUUUUUGUAAAUUCAAGAUAGUUAAUUUUUUCUUCAUUAGCAAGCAACUCUAUAGAAUGGGAGCUAACUGAUGAGAAUGUCCGAGUUAGGAUCAAUGAUGUUUUAAAGCAAUGUUCUUAAUAUGGUGGUGCGUCUCCUUCAAAGUUGUAGUUAGCUGUGUAAUCUAGUUCAUCUCCUAGGUAGUCUUCAAGAUUCUAUUAGUGUCUCAUACAUUAAAAAACGUUACCACUGCUAAGCUUCCUUCUGUGAUCUACCCUGAUGGAAAUGUUUUAAGCACUUGUUGAUAUUUUUCUGAAUUGUGAACUAAUGGUAUGUUAUAAUUAGUAUAAGGAAAAGCAAAGCCUUGGUGAUUGAUAACAUUUGCUCUUAGCAAAAUCUGACUUUUAAAAGUGAAAAAACUAUUAAUGCCGGUAAGUAUUGUUCAAAACUCAUAACUGUUGACAGUGCAACUCUCAGAACCUGAGACAUCCAAUUAAAAGCAAAAACCAAAAUAAAAGCCCUGUUUCACUGUACACCCAACCUUUGGCUGACACCUCAUAGAAGUUGGUUUCAAUGGACCCUCUGACGUGCAAUGUAUUUGCUUGUUAUUUUCCUCCAUGAACCACUGUUUCCCCGAGAGUAAGAGUCAGCAUAAGAAGAUGAACCUUUAUGUCCAAGCGUACGCCCUUCCCUCUUCUCCCACUCCUUUCUAUUGGAUGCAGAAUCACCUUUGGAAUGGGGUAGAGGCGGUGUCUGCUUAGAUCCCAGCGGCAGCUGGGGUAUAGUAUUCUGAAACACUUCACUGUGGAGCAGUGUAGAGGGGUGUCUGUAGUCUCUGCCUUCCUUCACAGUUUCUCAGACAAAGGCAAGGCAGAAUGCCCAUCACUCGUAUGAUCAGUCUUUGAUCAAUUAACCAGAAACGAAAAACAUAAAUUAAGGAUUUUACCCCUUUAGACGUUUUAGAGCAGUAAUGAGAUUUCUUCCCCCACCGCUGCCUUGAGCACAUGAAAGAGAGUACACAGAUAACUUCGGUUAACAUUUAUCUAGGGUUAUAGGAAUAUAAACUGUAUUUAACGUUUAUGUUUAUUCUGUCAAAAAAUAAUUCUAAUCAACUCUUGACAUCCUGUGUCUUGGGGAAAAUGACCAGUUCUUUGAAAUUAUUUCACAACCAAUAAAAAAUUCAAAGUAAGAUAAAAAUUUAGAGAAAUUAAUCAUAAUUUAGGAGUUAUAUUUUAAGAUAAAGUAAUUUAAUGUGAUCGCUUUAUUUACAAUUUUAUUUCUGACUAUAAGAUAUCCAGUAUCUGACUAUAAGACUGUAGACACCUUCAUUUAUGCAUUGUUUGAAAUACUUAGUUGCCAAAGCAUUGCUGUUAUAAAAUGUCACCGUACAAAUAAGCAUAGAUAGAAUUUUAUGAAUACACAAAUUUAUUAUUUGCCUGUCAGUUUAGUGUUAGAUUUAAUUCUGCUCAAAUCAUCCACUCAGAAUUGCUAAUUAUUUUAAUGCUUAAUUAAAUUAUUUAAAAAUUUACCUUGCAAAUUGUCUUUCAGACUUUUUUAAUUCUUUCUUUUUGGAGAUUUUAUUUGGAAGUUCUCAUAGAAAAAUAACACAGAACCGUCUUCUGAUUCUUUAAGUGUAGUGACAACAUUUAUCCACACACAGGUUGGUUUGCUAAUCUGCCCUUGUCAUAGAUUAUAAUACAACAUAAGUGAAGUGGGAGUCUAAGACCGAAGUCUCAUUUUGACCACACAGAUGCCAUCACAUAGUUCAGGAUCAGUGACGACAGAUAGAGCUCUCUUGGGUCACUGACUGCAGGGGUGAGAUGAAUAUGAAAACCCUCUAUGAAGUAUUUGCAUUAUCCAGAUAACAGUAUAUAAAGUGAUCUUUCAUAUUUAUAAUUACCAUAUCAAACAUUCAGUGUAUGUCCUGGGCAAGUAAGUAUUUACAAAGCCAAUUUUGCUAUUUUGCAAUUUUGAUGUUCUUCCACUUAUGCAUGUCCUGUGCUGUAUAAAAAUGGGGCUUUUGCUUGAACUUUUAAAGGUGUCUGUUUUAUCUAAAAUUUUAUUUUUCUUUUAAACCAUAAGAAUAUACUGGUUUCUGAUAUACACUCAGUAAUUUUGUAAUGAUGCUUGAAUGUCCUCUCUUAAAUAUUUUUGUUGCAUAUCAUCCUUACCUAUCAUCAAAUUCUGAAAGAAUUUUAUUUAAGGAAAUACUGUUAGAUUGUUACACAAUAUUAGAAGUUCUUUAACCUACUCUGUCAUUGACAUAUCCUUUUGUUACUGAUUUCUAAGUAUUUGAUUUAUAUUAUUUCUCUCAAGUUUUUCAAAUUAAUACUUCUGAAUAAUUAAUUAAAAUAAUCACAGGUUACUAACUACUGUUUGCCUUGUAUUCUUUGUAAUAAUUGUAGGUCUUUUUGACUUUACAUCAUUGUUAUUCUUGCCUUUUCUUUCCUUUGUGAACAUUAACAUAGUUUAUAUGUGUGCUGUCAGUCUGCUAAGGACCUUGCUACUAAGAAGCACCUUAAAGCUAUCUUUAAGAUUUCUCAACAGUGGUCUCAGUCAACAAACAUUGCCGUUUCCCUGAUACCUGCCUCCUGCAGCAGACCUGUACUUAACUUCCCUCGCAUGACAGCAGAGUGGUUGCUCCGUUCCAGCCAUCCUUAGCCAUUCUUUAGUUUAAGUUGGCAGAUCUGCAAGUAGCGUAAGGGGGGUUCUAAGAAGCCCCAGUCACAACUGUGGCAGUGUGGGUGGCAGUACUGUAAUCAGGAGGAAACUGAGUUCUAUUAAGCUCAAUGAAUUUUUAUCUGUUUUGUUUACAGUCCGUAACUCUUGCUUAGAUUUCUUUUUUAUUAACAAGUGGGGAGCCAUUCAGCAUCACAAAUUGACAUUUUUUUCUAGGUAAUACUACUUUUCUUUUUAUCUGCGAAUUUAUUUGGUCAUGUAAAGUGUGCUUUCAACUAAUCAAAACAAGCAAUUGGUGGGAAUUAAUGCACGACUCACCAGCAAUGUGGAAUGUGAGCAUGCGCUAUGAAAUUGCAGUUUGCUCACGCUUUCUUCCUGCAUCUGCCCUCGAGUUUCAUUUACAUUGUGGUCCAUUCCUCUUCUUCUUCUUUUUUUUUUUUUAACCUCUUUGUAGAUUGGCCAAAAUGGGAAGGGAUGGAUUCUGCUCUCUUCCACGAAGAGUUAAUGGGACUGGCUAAGAUCAAAGUCUGAGGCUUUUUUCCAUCACUAAUCAGUCCCUUUUUGCUUUCUUUUACGACCACAUGAAACUUGAGAAGCCACCUAAAGCUAAAUCACUUAGUGGAGUUGGGCAGUUCCCAGGUGUCCAACGAGAAGGCCUGGUUUAGGCUGCGAUGGCCACUGUCAUUCCUGGUGAUUUGUCAGAAGUAAGAGAUACCCAGAAAGCCCCUUCAGGGAAACGUAAGCGUGGUGAAAGCAAACCAAGAAAAAACUUUCCUUGCCAACUGUGUGACAAGGCCUUUAACAGUGUUGAGAAAUUAAAGGUUCACUCCUUCUCUCACACGGGAGAGAGGCCCUACAAGUGCACACACCAAGACUGCACCAAGGCCUUUGUUUCUAAGUACAAAUUACAAAGGCACAUGGCUACUCACUCUCCUGAGAAAACCCACAAGUGUAAUUAUUGUGAGAAAAUGUUUCACCGGAAAGACCAUCUGAAGAACCACCUCCAUACACACGACCCCAACAAAGAGACUUUUAAAUGCGAAGAGUGUGGCAAGAGCUACAACACCAAGCUUGGGUUUAAGCGACACUUGGCCUUGCACGCUGCCACCAGUGGCGACCUCACCUGCAAGGUGUGUUUGCAGACUUUUGAGAGCACAGGUGUGCUCCUAGAGCACCUGAAAUCUCACGCAGGCAAGUCCUCUGGGGGCGUGAAAGAGAAAAAGCACCAGUGUGAGCACUGCGAGCGCAGGUUCUACACCCGGAAGGAUGUUCGGAGACACAUGGUGGUGCACACGGGAAGAAAGGACUUCCUCUGUCAGUACUGUGCACAGAGAUUUGGACGAAAGGAUCACCUCACUCGACACAUGAAGAAGAGUCACAAUCAAGAGCUUCUGAAGGUCAAAACUGAACCAGUCGAUUUCCUGGACCCAUUCACCUGCAACAUGUCUGUGCCUAUAAAAGAUGAGCUCCUGCCGGUCAUGUCCUUGCCUUCCAGCGAACUCUUGUCAAAGCCAUUCACCAACACUUUGCAGUUAAACCUCUAUAACACUCCAUUUCAGUCCAUGCAGAGCUCUGGGUCUACUCACCAAAUGAUAACAACUUUACCUUUGGGAAUGACGUGCCCCAUAGAUAUGGACACUGUUCACCCCUCUCAUCAUCUUGCUUUCAAAUGCCCGUUCAGUUCUACCUCAUACGCAAUCUCUAUUCCCGAGAAAGAACAGCCCUUAAAGGGGGAAAUCGAGAGUUAUCUGAUGGAGUUACAAGGUGGCGCACCAUCUUCAUCCCAGGAUUCUCAAGCAUCAUCGUCUAAGUUAGGGUUAGAGCCUCAGAGUGGCUCCCCAGACGAUGGUGCUGGGGACCUCUCCCUGUCAAAGAGCUCUAUCUCUAUCAGUGACCCCCUGAACACACCAGCAUUGGAUUUCUCUCAGUUGUUCAAUUUCAUACCAUUAAAUGGUCCUCCUUACAAUCCGCUCUCCGUGGGAAGCCUUGGGAUGAGCUAUUCCCAGGACGAGGCGCAUUCUUCUGUUUCUCAGCUGCCCACACAAACACAGGAUCUUCAGGAUCCUGCGAACACAGUGGGCCUUGGCUCUCUGCACUCACUGUCAGCAGCUUUCACCAGCAGCCUAAGCUCAAGCACUACCCUGCCCCGUUUCCACCAGGCCUUUCAGUAGGGUCUGGGCCGAGGGAUUCACCGGAGGUGCUUGUGCAGCCCCGCCUGCAAAGACCAUUUAUAUUCUAGUGCCUACUUUAACACAACACAGAAACUUCUCCUUUUGUAUAAUAUCAGGUUUUAUGAAGCCAGUAAAUAGGAAUUAGCCUCUUUGAUAAGCUUUGAAAUGGUUCGUGUUUAACUACGUUUGCUGUUUCUCCUGAUUUCCUGCCAGUUGUCAUAGUCUCGGAGUUUUAUUUCAUAGAGGAGCGCCAUUAUUAUCACUAAAUUUUACAAGUCCUGUGUUCAAAUUACUGUUAGACCUUAACAUUCUCACUUUUGUCUAAUAGCAAUGGGCAUUGGACUUUUUUUUUUUUGCAAAUGUGCAGUACAAUGUAAAUCUUCUAUGAAAUGUGUGUGAAGAACUGAAGUGUUUCACAUUUCUUUACUAGCCACUAAAUGGAUUCAUAAUCAAGUGUGUUUUAAAUGAGUUAAGAAUCCAGUUUGGGGAGAGUAUAGUGGUUUCCUAAAUACACCAUCAUUUGAGAUCAAUAUAUUUUGAAGACUGCUAUUGUCUGGCUAAAAUAAGAAGUUUCAGUAUCUAUUUAAUAGAAACCUAGAGAUGUUACGGGGUGUUCUGUGUUAGAACUAGCCCUCAGGCUGAUUUGCCACAUUUCAACCAUCUUUCCGUUAACAGUGUGUGGCCUCGGAGUCUUCAGGAUCAGUGUAGAAGUGUUCUGUUGUAUGCCCUUCACCUUUCAUACCCCAGGAUGGCUUCACAAUACCAGCAUUCUUACUUUGCAUGUUGGUCCAGUUAGUGCAGAGUCUUAGAACCAUUGUGGGACAAUAGACAGUAAAUAUAUGAAGCCCAGAGUGGCUGGCUGCCUGAAUCGUCGGGGUGAUAGACUCCUCACCAGGAAGAUGGAUGUAAAACGUACAGCCAAACCCCAGCACUUGUCUAGAGAAUGUCCACUGUUGCCAGAACUGAGAACUGGACUCCUAUCGCAUCACUUCUAAAACAGCAGUCUUGCCCGUGCGCCCUUGCUCAGUGCAUAUACAUCUUUCCCUGCCGUGUUUGGAUGGAGAACUUAAAAAUUAAACACAUCAAAAAGCAACUUGACGAGUUCCACAGUUUUACACCACCAAAAGUUGUUAAGAGCCCACUUUUACACAUCUCCAGGAGACAGGAGGAAUGUUAGAAAUAAGUUGAAUUUAUAGAGGAAACAGAGGAAAAUAAAGCAAACACCAAAUGAAUACGAAUGCACCAAGGAUGUGGUGCUCACUGAGCAAGGUAGCAAUGGGCUUCCUCUUGUCAGACAGCCACCAAGAAUGUCAUCGGUAGCUCCGCGUAUAUCUUCCUAAGGGUUAUUUGUGGCAUCAACCUACGAGACUUACUAAGCACUUGUUAACACCUUAUUCUGGACCCCUUCUGUUGGGGCAGGGAGUUUUAUAGAAGAGUAUAUAUCUCUUUAAAAAAAAAAAAAAGGAAGAAACUAUUUUUUAAUCUCUGAGCACUCGUUAGCCCUGGCUGGGGAAGCUUCUUCCCUUGUGUAAGGGCCAGUUAUCACUGCAUAUUGUAUUGUUUACCCAUCACUCUAAGCAUAAACAGAUUACUGACUAUGAUGCAUUAUUUACAAUGCCUGGGAGUAGUCUAAAUUGAGAAGUGUAAACUGUCCUGUGAAUGGGGCUUUCACUAUAUGUCAUACACACGCCUAGUGCACUUCAUAGAAUCAGAGCUGCUCCCUAGAGGGCUCAAGCUCCUGGUUCUAACCCUAGAGCAGUAGUUUUUAUACGUAUGUAUUUAAAUUUUAUUGUGAAAAAUACAUUUUAUUAAAGAAAGUGUUCCAAAGGCAUUAAAAUUAUAUACGUUAAUAAGGAAAUACAUUUUAACUCUUCAAGCUGCUCCUGAGCUGAGGGUGGGAGCGCACUCACUCAGAAAGUGGGCUCUUCGCAUGACCGCUUCCUUAGUUUCUAUGAAACCGAUCACGUACCCUAAUGUUCUAGUUGGAUGAUUAGUGUUCAAUAUUGCUUUAAUCACCACUUUUAAAAGGAGAGGACAUUUGGUGACAGAGCACAAGUAAAUAAAAAAACCUAUUAUUAUGUAGAGUUCACAGACACCACAUAUGAAAGCACUAGUUUAUUCUAUCUAAAAAUUACUUAAGAAGUCACAUUUAUGACCUGAGACGUUGGCCUUCGUAGGCUGUAUAUAUUUCACUGCUAAUUGAAAAAAGGGAGUACCAGGAUAUAUGAAAUAAAGCAUUUCGCAAUGGGAAUGGCGCCAUAUAUGUGUGUGUGUGUAUAUAUAUAUAUAUAUGUAUGUAUAUAUAUAUAUAUAAUAAAUAUAUUUUUAUCCUAAUUCUUGCCCAGCGCAGAACUCUAAUACACAUCUUCCAGGGUACCAGUGUUAAAACGUAGAGUCUUACUUUCCUUUGUAUGUACACCUCUUUGCCUGUUGCUGCCCCCACAGACUUGAAUGACAUUUCAAAGUAAGAGGGAAAUAAGCAAAUUCUUUUCGCUUUAUUGACUGCAGUGGUCACUAAACCCUUUUUUGAUAGAUUUUAUAUUAAAAAUCAGUCAGCUUUUUUAUUUUCAUUGCACAAUGUUUUAACAGGAACGCAACACAGAAUUGGCAACCCCUACCCCAUGGAAAAUACUGUCACUCGUUCUGUCUGAAGUAGGACUGCUUAGCAAUAGGCCUUGCUAGUGCCCUUCUCAUUCUCCAUGGUCCUCGGGAUUUCUGAUAGUGCCUUAGCUUAAAAGAAAAGGGGUUAACAUUAACUAAACAGUGUAGUGUAGAGUUUGGACCUCAGACAAGAUGCUGGGCCCCGUUCAUUUUGACUUCCACACAUGUGUGUGCAGCUUCAGGAGUGUGAGCGCCUUUUCAGGAAAGGUCUGGCACUGUGAGCAAUAUAGUCCAUUGAUAUUUACCAAUAAAUACCACCUCUGUAGUUAAUGUCUCUUAAGCUUCCGUUUAAAAUCCCGUUACUUGUUGAGGUUUCUAAAAUGUAAGUUGCCUUGGCAGAUCAUGCACCAGUCUGUGUGCAGCUUUUUUCCCUUUUUAAUUUCAGUUGGCGUUUCUUUCAAGCUGUGUGUGUUUGCCUAUGUGUCGCUUGCGCUUUAUUUUUCUAGUCAUUUGUGGAAUAUAGUGAUAUAUUGUGUUAAUUUGGACAGUGACGGUUUUUUGAAACCAUAUACUGACUGAAACAUGAGCCAGAGCUGAUUGCUUUAUUAAGCUAAUAAUGAAUGUUAUAGAGUACAUAUUUCAGGAUCAUUCAUCUAGUGAGCAGUACACAUAUAGGCCAAUUAAAAAAAAAUAGAGCUUGGUCAACCUCUAUACUUCACAUACUACAAGAUAUAGCACUUUCAAAAUGAACCUAAAUUUCUACAGAAACUUUCCUAUAUGUUAUGCCUUUUAUUUUUAAGACUUAUUAUAUUCAUUUCAAGUGCCAUUAGACGAUAUAUCCGUAGGCCUUUGAUAUAUAAUGCUUUGUGUACAAAGAAUAGUAGAUGGUAUUUUAAACAGGUACAUUUUUACAGUGUUUUCCUAUCGAUUUGCUAUAUUGCACAGAAUCAGUGUGUGUCCUUUCAUAAGGUUUUACAAUGGUUUAUUUUUUUACAAGGUUUACGUAUCUCAAAGCACACUGUCUUCCCAGUCCAUAAGUAAGUUAAAAGAUACCAGUUCACCCAAGUUGCUUCUAGCCUACUGCGAUCCAUGUGACAUUGAAGGAGAUCUUUGCAGUGUUGAAUAUUCGCCCUUCAUGAAGGCAGGCUGGUUUUUUUUCCUGACAAAUGAGUUCGUUGGUGAAUUUGUCUCGUUUUACUCAUGAUGUCAGCAGCCGGGUCUACCACACAACAUAGCUUGAUUGUGUAAGCCUCCGUAAAUACCUUAAAUUGUAUUGUACCCACAGAGCACUCCUCUGAGAUUAAGCAAGCUAAUGCCAUCAGCCUUCAUAGCAGGCACGGAUCACCAAUAAGCCUUUCUACAAUGUUAGCAGCCCCUGGAGAUGGAAGGCAGUGUCUUUUGAUAAGUUAUCUAUCUCUAUAGAUGACACAGGAUUAUUACUGAUGUAUAAGACACUUCAUUGUAUAAGCUUCAGUGGUACAGAUGAACCAGAAUGAAUGUCUGUCUUCUCAGAAGCCCUCCUUCAACGUUCUAUGGGAUCAUGCUGCUACUGUCACUUGGGAUACAACUCUUCAUGGUGCUACAAACUUCUGUCUCAUUCACUUGUAUUUUUUUACCCAUAGGAAAAGGACUCUAUAGGUGUAAAGGUGUACAAUAUAUUUUUAUACUGUGACUUAAAUUGUCAUUAACAAACUUUUACACCACCACAGUGUACUCAUGUGCGCUUGCAAAAGGAGAUCUUGGAUGUGCAAAUGUUACCAGAACAAACCCAGCUUUUGUCCACAAGGUGACUGUAACUCAGAAUGGAAAGUGAGCUUGACAUAGGGUGUGGAGUGAAGAACAUGCUAUAAGUUACUAACAGCCCUUUGAAUUUAACAAAAACUGGGAAUCCAUUAGAGAAAUGGAUUGCAUCAUGCCUGAACAUAAGCUGACUGCUGAAAUAUUUUUUUUUAGCUAAUGAAAAAGUGUUUGGACUAGUGUACUCUAAAAAAUGUUUUAAUGGUAAAGUUUUGAGUCAAAUAGAAAUGAAAAAAAAUCUGCAUUCCAGACUUAAUUUUGUAUAUUUUUAUUGCCUUUUAAAUUGCUAUUCUGUGAUAUUGGGAAAUCAAGUGGCUUAUCAUGUAUAUCAUGUACUUAAAAUGUAUUCACAAACUACUGUUGUAUUUGUAUAAAAUAUAGACAAAGA